AUGCUGUUGCAGACCGUUGGAAUAGGACCAGAUACAGUGGGAAAGGAUGGAUCGAGAGACUCAACUACAUGGCCCCAUAAUGAUCGGCAAACCUUGAGACAUCUUAGCAUGACAGGACCCCUACUAGGAAACUCCCUAUCGCCCAAUCGGCGACGGGCGCUCUUUGAGACAACUAAACGAGUACUUGCCAGUGCGAUAAACGAUGGGAUAGCCUGCGCAACCCUUGAGUCAUGUAACAGCACCAGUCUGUUGUUGUGCUUACGCAGUCCCGGAGGAGCCAUGGCCAGUGAUGAAGACGCUUGGAUCAUGUGCGGUAUGCGAGCUGACGCAUAUACCGAAACAGACGGUGGCAGGGUUCUUGGGUUUGUGCGGGCGGACGAUCUCCUGGGGCCUGUGCUAAGCCGGAACCUCAACGGCGAGAUAUCAGAGGAGCUUGACCCUGGUGUGAUUUGUCGCGUUAUCUGCCGCUGGCGUUCUCGCCAAGAUGAAGAACACGCGGUAGAGACGCUUGUAAAGGAGUUAACCUUAUCGAAGUUACACCGAGCCUGCCUUGCCCAGUCACCCCUAGAUCCCAUCAUGCCCGAUGAUAUCCCUUAUCUACUAGAACCCGAACUAUCAUUCCUCUGCGUUCCAAAGUCAGACAUGAAAGUCUUCGGGCCAUUCCAGUCACUUCUGGACCCACUCAUAACAUCUCUUGGGAUUCCCAAGCCUGAUGAUACAAUCAAUGAGAUCGUAAUACCGUGUUUCAGUCGCCAACUCCCAGCUAUCACGCCACUAUUCCCGAAAGCACGCAUUCUGAGGGCUGUCCAAAACCGUUGCCGAGCACAACUCUCCAUGCGGACUGUCUCUAUGAUGCCAGACGUGGGCGGCUCCCCGUUGCACCUGAAGCUAUCACUGAACUGUCAAAUCACAUCUCGUCUGAGGACCAUAUCCCCCGAUGCUGCAGCCUUGGCACCCGCAGUUGGGAAGAUUCUUCAAACGGCGGACAUAGGGGAGACACUCAUUCCCGUUGCGGGACUCCUGCAGAAACCUCUGAACGACGAUCGAACGUACAUGGAGAUUAUAUUCGGUCUUGAUGACUUGAAGGAAAAGCAAGCCUGGUUCAGAAAAUACCUCACCAAAUUAUUCUCCCUCAUUCUCCCCCCUAUGAUCCGCCACGGAGUCUACGUCGAAGCUCAUAGCCAAAAUAUCCUCGUCCGCGUCAAUCUCACAAGCAAGGAGGUAACCGGGUUUGCGCUUCGUGACUUUGACGGAAUCGGAAUCCAUCCUCCGACGUUUCUUCUUCGCCAUUCCGACAACAAGAAUGAUGCCCUCAAUGUUAUUCCCUCCAGUACUCGCAAUCUUAAUAAUGAUCUAUAUUCAAUGUGCGACCAGGUGCAUCACGCUCUUCUCCAGGCGCAUGUGGGUCACCUCUUAUACAUGCUGGGAUUAGAAUCGAAGGGCGGAUGGCGUAUUGUGCGUGAAGAACUAGAGAGGGCGUUGAACCCUUCCGAGGAUCCAGAUGGUCGGCUGCUGUAUGACUACUGGAUGAAGGAUACGAUGGCGUCUAAAUCUUUUCUGGAGAUGCGGUUGCGGGAUGCAUAUGCAAAGUGUUGUAUGAGGGAAUUGCCGAAUAUCCUUCUUCGGGGUGCUUGA